AGACGCAGUAAUGUUGUGGAGCUGUAACUAAUGUCUAAAAACAACACGAGACUAUUCAUUUAUCCUCAGACUUAAUGUUGUAUUUUUUUUUCAUACUAGGUUUAUUUGACCUGGUCAAAGCAUCAUCAUGCCAGGAAGGCUGUGGAGCAAGGCCAUCUUCGCGGGCUACAAGCGUGGCCUGAGGAACCAGCGAGAGCACACCGCUCUGCUCAAGCUUGAGGGAGUCUACAACCGUGACGAGGUCGACUUCUACCUGGGCAAACGCUGUGCCUACGUCUACAAGGCUAAAAAGAACACUGCAACACCCGGCGGUAAACCCAACAAGACGCGUGUCAUCUGGGGUAAAGUCACUCGGGCUCAUGGAAACAGUGGAAUGGUUCGUGCCAAGUUCAAGAGCAACCUUCCAGCGAAGGCUAUCGGACACAGGAUUCGUGUGAUGCUGUACCCAUCUCACGUGUAACCUGCUUUUGUGUACAGACAAUAAAAAACUGGUCCAAAAAGUUGCCUGUCUGGUCUUCCUUCAGUACAUGAAGCAUAGUUGAAAUCUUUCUAGCUUUUGCUAUUUUCUGCCCAGCUUUAAGUA